AUGUGUGGAGCAAAUCUGGCUAGCUCCGUGAACUUGGCAUCAUAUUCUGCCACUGUACCCCCUUCUUAUUUCACUGCUUGGAACUCUAAUGCCUUCCAUUUGCCAUCGUUGCCUGAUCCGGAAAGUCCAUCUGCAGAGGUAGUUGUUGCUCUGGUACUUGUUGCUACUGUUGCGGUUGUGGUUGUUGCUAUGGUUGUUGUUGUGGUUGUGGGCAUCCUUGCAGCCAUCGCUAGCUUCUUCGUCGCCACCCUACUCUUCACCCUCAUGCUCACCCUCUGCCGAUGCGGCAAGAACCGAAACCAACAAACCCGAACUCGGCCCAAUUCCCAGCUCUCAAUCCCCAUUGGCGAGAGCGCCUCAUUCGACCCCUUUCUAAAUCGGGUCUCUAUGCCGGAGCUCGUCUAGGUCUCCAUGCCGGAGGUCAUCUAGGCCACUCGUAACUUCUUGCCGGACCUCAUCAUUGGCGACGGCAGCUUUAGCCUCAUCUACAGGUCCUGCCUCGUUAACGGCGUGACCGUCGCUGUCAAGAAGCUCAGCAGCGAUGCUUUUCAAGGGUUUCGAGAAUUCCGGGUUGAGAUGGAAACCUUAGGUAAGCUCCGGCACCCCAACAUCGUCACUAUCCUCGGGUAUUGCGCCACGGGUUGGGACCGGAUCCUAAUUUACGAAUUUAUCGAGAACGACAGUCUCGAUCAAUGGCUACUCGACACGUCAUCGUCGAAGAAUGACGUGUCAACAUCAUUAGUUCCGAGGCUGCCGUUGUCUUGGGAAACAAGGCUUAAAAUUAUUAAAGGUGUGGCCAAUGGUUUAGCAUAUGUGCAUAAUUUAGACACACCAAUUAUACAUAGGGACAUUAAAGCUAGUAAUGUGUUACUUGACAAGGAGUUCGAGGCACACAUUGUUGAUUCUAGGUUGGCUAGGAUAAUUGAAAGUUCGCAUUCCCAUGUGUCCAUCCAAGUGGCCGGAACAAUGGGUUAUAUGCCUCCAGAGUACUUACUAGGGGCCACUACCGCCACUACCUUUGGCGAUGUGUACAGUUUUAGGAUUCUUAUGUUGGAAAUUGCAACUGGGAUUCGACCCAAUUUGCCAUUUAAGGCAGAGGAUGAGGGGGAUUCCCAGGAAAUGAGGUUGGCUGAGUGGGCUAGGAAGAUGGUGGAACACAAUAAGCAAAUGAAAAUGCUUGAUACAACUAUUUCUAGAGAUGGGUUGGGAGAAGCUGGGGUUGUAGAGUUUUUCAGGAUUGCUAUGUCUUGUGCUAGUGAUAUUUGCAAGGAGAGGCCUGCAAUGAAAGAGGUGGUGGACUUGUUGAAUGGGAUUUCAACUUGAGAAAUUGUACUUUUGGGCAGCUGUGGCAAAUUGUGAUCUUGUUGUCCAAUGCUUGUAUGAGUGUUUGAUUGCAAAUUUGAUGAAGAGUGAGGACAAGUUUGUUGUAGUGUUCAUUUUGCUACCAUGGUCUCAAUCAAGUGAGCUCAUGAUAGGGGGGAUGGAAAUAGCUUGUGGAGCCAAAUAACAAAGGUAAAUUACGUAAGCAUGAUUAUUUAUAGUUUUAUGAUGGUGUAAAGCAUCUUUAGGUUUUUUUUUUUUUUUUAGGUGAAUUGGGCAAGUUUUAGAUAGUUUCUUUUAUCAGAUAAUAUCAUAUGAUAAUUCAUGAUGUGAGAAUAUAUUGUGAAAUAUAUUGUGAGUCUUAAAAACUUAAUUUAGAGUCCUAUUAGAGGUAUGAUUGUAUUAAAGUCAUGAUAGUAUUGUAUUUGUAUUUUCUUUUUGGUUUAGGAGUUAGGGCUAUAUAUAUUCUAAGGUCUGAUUGUAACUGGUACACAUUGAAUAUAUGAGAUACAGAAAGCUAUUCAGAAAUCUUACAUGGUAUCAGAGCCGUGUUCGAAAACUUAAGGUCACGAUCAGUCUUCGCGAACCCUAGUACCGUUGCCUCUCUCAGCCGCUGCCGUCGUCACUUCAGCCAUCGCCUCUCUCAGUCAACGUCGCUUCUUAGUCAUCGUCGCCUCUCUCAGCUAUCGCCUCUCACGCCGUCGCUUCUCUCAGUCUACUUCAGCAUCGCGAUUGAUUCGCGAUCUAUCUCCUUCUCUGGUUCUCUCUAGUUUUGCUAAUCGACCACACCUCGUGGUUCGUUGGGCUGAUUCGAUCGACUGGUUUGUCUUGCUGCUCUGUUUGUCUGUGUGUGUGUGUGUGUGUGUGUGAGAUCGUGUUUUAAGCCCUACUACUUGGCGUUAAAAAUAUAUAUAUAU